UCCAACAGGAAACGAAGGAAGCGUCCUUGGAGAUGUUGUUAGGAGUGUAACUUUCGCAUCUUUCCCCUGUCUUUGUGCACAAUGCCGCCGUCAAAGAACUGACUGCUAAGCGUUGCUUCCACAGAGGUUAAUUUAAAGUUGGGAAGUAACCAUGACUGCAGCUGCUCUCGUAGGAGACCAGCUGAUCCUCGAAGAGGAAUACGAUGAGAAUUAUAUACCCUCUGAACAAGAGAUCCAAGAGUAUGCAAGAGAGAUUGGCAUUGACCCCGACAAUGAGCCCGAGCUUCUGUGGCUGGCGAGGGAGGGCAUCGUCGCCCCUUUGCCUCCUGAGUGGAAGCCUUGCCAGGACGUGACAGGGGACAUCUACUACUUCAACUUCUCCACGGGUCAGUCCACCUGGGAUCACCCCUGUGACGAGCACUACCGACGCCUGGUGGCCCAGGAGCGUGAGCGAGCUCAGCUCACAGCCACAGCUGGGGGCGCAGGAGCCAAGAAAGACAAGAAAAAGAAGAAAGAAAAGAAGGAGAAGAAAGAGAAGAAGAAGAAGGAACCACUCAAAACUCAUGGGGCCCUCAGUUCGUCUCUGGGACCUCUGCAAUCUUCGCUUACCAGCCUGGCUCCCCUGCGAGGUCUAGAUGCCCCCAGCCAAAGCGCUCUCUCUGGAUCUGCCACUGCUCUGCGGGGGUCUCUCGGCAGCUCUGGGGGGUUGGAACCCCUCAAGAAACCCCUACAGGCUCCUCGAACCAGUGGAGCAACCAGAAUACUCGGCAUCCGACAGGAAGAGAGAGUGUCAUUUACUUUGCCCGAUUUUGACAGUGAUGAUGACAAAAUCUCAGAAAACGAGCCAAGUCCUCAUGAUUCAGACAGACUAUUGAAGAAUCUCCACCUGGAUCUGGAUGCCCUCGGAGGAAGCCUAAAGUAUGAGGAAAGUGAUGCCACUGGCGCAGCACCAGCUGAGGAGAGGACGGAGCCCGAGUUGCAGGAUUUGGGCCUGUCUGGUGACCACAGCCCUGAACCGCAGUCACAACAAGAUUCUCUGAAGGGUCGCCACAGCCACCUCUCUCCACAGACAGGCAGUGGAAAUCAUGUCAGUGAGGAAGGGGCUGAUGCUGUCACUCCUGAUCCUGAACACUCUGCUGAGCACUCAGAAGAGGAGGUAGCAGAGGAGUUAAAUGAGGCAGAGGAAGAAGAGCAGCAGGGUAGCACAUUAGACAAAGAUGAAAAAGGAGCAAAAGAGACAAAAGGAGAUGUGGAAGGUAGACAGGAAGAUGGAAAAAGCCAAGAGGAGGGGAAAGAGAUGGAGGAUGCUCAAAGGAAAGCGGCUGGAGAGAACAAGAAAGGGGAAGAUGAAAAUAAUGAGCUAGAGGAAGAGUGCUGUGAAGAUAAGGACGAGAACGAAGAUGAAGACAUAGAGAGGAAAGAAGAGCAGCAAAAAAUAGAAGAAGAGGAAUGUGAGGAUAGUAGCAGUGAAGUCGUGAAGAAGUCCUCCAAAAGUGAUCAAGGUGGAGAAAGUCGGGAGGAGGACAGAACUGACAAAGAGAGGGAUGAGCUUGAGAGAACUGUAAGUGACGGAGGGCACAGUGAGAGAAAGGAAGAGGAGGUCGAGACCAGUAGCAAAGGAGGGCAGGAGGAGGAGAGCGAUAAGGUUUUGGAGAGGUGCUCUCUAAGCCGGAGGAAACUGACAGAGAGUGAUGAGGUGUUGGAAAGAUGUGUACAGAGCGAAGGAGAAGACACAGAGAGGGGGGGAGUGGAGCUAGAGGAGGACUCAGUUGGCCAGAGAGCAUUAGACAGCAAGGAGGAGGAGGAGGAGGAGGAGGAGGAGGAGGUUAUAGAGAGGUUUAAAGAGGAAGGAGCUUAUGACCAACCAGCCAGUAAUGAUCGGAAGAUGAAAAAUGUGACAAAAAAUUCUUCCCUUCCUGCAGAGAAUUCUGAAGCCAGUAAGAACAUUGAGGAGGCGUCGUCCUCCAUAGAUAACAAGCUGUCGCAGAAGGCUCUGGACAUCAACGAUCUGUCUGAUGCUGUCAGUCCACUGGAAAAAACUGACACAGAGGAGAAGGAGGAGGAGAAAGGAGAAAAGGGGGAAAGGAAAGGAGGAGAGGGCAGCAAGAGCCAUGUGCUGGCCAAAGACAGAGACACAUCCCCAGUGCAUAAAGUUGACCGGCUUGUCCUUCACCAGUCCAGCCUUUCACCGUCACCCUCCAUCUCCUCGCAUUCAGACCAGGCUGUCACCCCCAGGCAAACGGCCCAGGGCCUCGGCGUACCUCUGGGAUUUGAGAGGCCUGAAACUUCCAGGGGCCGACAGGCACGGUUUUUGAGCAUCCAAGCUGAUGGUGUUAAACGCUCCUUAAAAAAACAAGAGAGGGCUUUGGAAGAAGAGCUGGGAGGGAGAAGCCGGAAAGAUGGGGAGAAGAAAGAGAAGAAGUAA